UUGAUAUUUGGGUUUGACACUGACAGGCGAUCUUUUACACUACACUACAUUGUAAACACAAAACGUAGUGAUUAUAUGCUCUUUGUGUACUACAUCAGGAAAGUGGUUAUAUUAUGCUCUCUGAUCAGAAAUCUUUAUUUACCAAACAGCAAUUCCUAAAACCUAAGCCUAAACCAGCGUGCCAUUGUAGAAUAUAAUCCUUGCGAAACCGUAUUGUGUUGUGAUAUCUAGCACCGGUGUAGAUAAGACCGAUGUUUUUUUCUGGCACAAUAACAUAAAAACAAUUGGCUCUAAAUAAAUAUAUAAUGACGGAAUUUAGUGACUGGUAUUAUAGAAUACCCCUAUUCACCCGUUACUGGUUAUCUUUAACUGUUGGACUUAGUAUAUUAGCCAAAUUUAAUCUCAUUGACUUCAAUUAUUUUAUUUUGGAUAUUGGCGCCUUCAUCAACAGAUUUCAUUUAUGGCGGCCAGCAACAGCACUAUUCUACUAUCCCAUCACCCAAUCAACCGGAUUCCACUUCCUCGUGAACUGUUACUUCCUGUACAGUUAUUCCGAGCGUCUGGAGACCGGGAUCUUUGCUGGCAAGCCGGCUGACUACUUUACCAUGCUGAUCUUUAAUUGGCUUUUCUGCAUUGGUAUCGGAGUUUUGAUUGGAUUAAGUUACGUGAUGGAUCCGAUGGUGAUCUCGGUGCUGUACGUGUGGUGCCAGCUGAACAAGGACGUGAUCGUGUCCUUCUGGUUCGGGACACGGUUCCGAGCUAUGUUCCUGCCGUGGGUGCUGCUCGCGUUCAACGUUAUUGUCAAUGGAGGUGGCGUUGAAGAGUUCCUGGGCAUCCUGGUGGGCCAUCUGGCCUUGUUCCUGAACUUCAAGUACCCGCAGGAGUUCGGCGGACCUGCUUUGCUGACACCACCUGCUAUCCUAAAGAAAUAUUUCCCUGACUUCCGUCGUCCGAACAACUUCGGUUCUGCAGCCGAAACGAGAACCCCCGCCUCUGAAGGACACCAAUGGGGCCGCGGACAAGCUCUAGGUGGCCUCUGAAUUCAUCUUCGAUCUUCGAAAAUCCUUUUACUCAACAUCCUUCGACCGUGGGAACUAGACCUAGCCUAGACAGGCUAUAUUUGGGCCAAGCUAUGUCUACGAUCAAUAUUUGACAACUUGACAACCCUAGAGAAACAAAACGCACAAUGCUUUAAGGAUGAACAAUAUGUGAUAUUCGGCUGUUAUGUCUUAAAUAACUUUUGUUAGACAGUGAAUCUUCCGUACGAUGUACUAUACCUAUAUUUUAAACCAUCCUGUGAGGCUGUGACGCUUAGUAUGUGUUGCCUAAACUUACACUUGUGGCGACAAUUCACUUCGUGGUUUGUUAUAGUCGCGCCAGGCUAGCGUAAUGAGUGUAGGCUAGUGUAAUAUCUCGUAGAUAUGUCAAAAGAAAGUGAUGCAGUUCUAUUUCAAUCUACUCUACUUAUUUAUACAUAUAAGUUUACAGUACAAAAACAAGUAACUCAAGCGGUAAAUAUGUACAGUCACGUCUGAAAACAUCGACACGAUCGAAGUGCCAAAAA